AUGUCGUUCAAACGGGACUACGCUUCGAGAGUCGCGGAGGAGAGGGACGUCGAGGCCAAGUACAUGCUCGAGCUGCAGGCUUUCUACGAGGGGCGCGUCGAGGGGGCGGAAAUGGUCGGCAACGCGAUGACGCUGUUUCGGCGGCAGAUGGACAAGGGGUGGCGCGCCUGGAGCCAGUGGCGGGACGGUGAAAUGGCGGCGUAUCAGGCCCGCGUCGACGAGGAGCGGACCAUUCAGGAGGAGGGGCUCUGCAGCGUCAAGGCGAGGUUGGAGGACAGGCUGGCCGAGCAGGCGAGGGAGGCGACCAGGAGAACGGCAGCUGAGAUGAAGUGGGCUGACGAGGUGUGGCGGGAGAGAGAGGCCAUGAUGGUGGAGCUGGAGAGGGAGGAGCUCGAUGACGGAGAGACCGGGAGCUGGUACAGCUUUAGGGAUGCCGAGGAGGAACUGCCUGGGGAGGCGGACCCUUCGGGGUCAGGGUCGGAAUCGCCAUCGGCAGCAAUUCCGGCUUGA